UCCCUCCCACUUAAUCUUGACCAAAUUCAACCCAAUCAAACCGCGUUUCUUCCCGGAUUCUUCCUUUUAAAUCCCUAUGAGCUGACCACGUUCUUCCCAUUAACCUCUUCUACAACUUACAUUAUUAUUCCAAUCAAGCUUCAAACUUUAUGCUUUGACUUUCAUCUUUGACCAUUUUCAUCAAUACCCUUUUGAGUUUUGAGUCUUGAUCCAUCUGGGUUUCUUGAAUUUUAACUUUCUUGAUUGAUAUAUGCUGUUUGGAUCAGUUAAUCAACAGAUUACCAAAUGGGUUUGUGUAGUAGCAAAAGCAAGAGUGCUGGGACAAACCCUGAUGCUCACAGAACAAGAUCUGUUGAACCCAAUAUAAUUUACAGCAAAUCUCCUGCUCCUGCAGCCGAGCGAAAACCGCCCAGCCCGAAAAGGGUAUUCAAAUCUGACACAAUUCUUGGCAAACCAUUUGAAGAUGUGAAGCAACAUUACACAAUGGGGAAAGAAUUGGGUAGGGGUCAGUUUGGUGUUACAUAUCUUUGUGUAGAAAAGUUGACGGGUCAAAAGUACGCGUGCAAGUCGAUUUCGAAGAAGAAACUUGUGACGAAGAGCGAUAAAGAUGAUAUGCGAAAGGAGAUUCAGAUUAUGCAGCAUUUAAGUGGGCAGGCUAAUAUUGUUGAGUUUAAAGGUGCUUAUGAAGAUAAGCAAUCUGUGCAUUUGGUUAUGGAGGUUUGUGAAGGUGGUGAGCUUUUUGACAGGAUUAUUGCAAAGGGUUACUAUAGUGAGAAGGCUGCAGCGUCGAUUUGUCGGUCGAUUGUUAAUGUGGUUCAUGUUUGUAAUUUUAUGGGUGUGAUGCAUCGCGAUUUGAAGCCUGAAAAUUUCUUGCUUUCUGAUAAGAGCGAGAAGGCGCUUCUAAAGGCUACUGAUUUUGGGUUGUCAGUGUUCAUUCAAGAAGGAAAAUCAUACCGCGAUAUCGUUGGCAGUGCGUAUUAUGUUGCACCAGAAGUGUUAAAACGGAAAUACGGGAAGGAAAUUGACAUAUGGAGUGCAGGGGUAAUGCUGUAUAUCUUGCUUAGUGGUGUGCCUCCCUUUUGGGCAGAGACAGAGAAAGGAAUAUUUGAUGCAAUACUAGAAGGAUAUAUUGACUUCGAAAGUGACCCGUGGCCAUCUAUUUCUCCGAGUGCCAAAGACCUUGUCCGAAGAAUGCUGACACAAGAUCCCAAGAAGCGUAUAACGUCUGCUCAAGUUCUCGAGCAUCCAUGGAUAAGAGAAGACGGUGAAGCAUCAGACAAACCAAUCGACAGUGCGGUUCUGUCUCGAAUGAAGCAAUUCCGAGCUAUGAACAAACUCAAGAAACUUGCUCUUAAAGUCAUUGCGGAGAAUUUAUCAACAGAAGAAAUCCAAGGGCUGAAAUCAAUGUUUACAAACAUAGACACUGAUAACAGCGGGACAAUUACGUAUGAAGAACUUAAAACGGGUCUGGCUAGAUUGGGGUCAAAGCUCACAGAGGCUGAAGUCAAACAACUCAUGGAAGCUGCUGAUGUUGAUGGAAAUGGGUCGAUUGAUUACAUCGAGUUCAUCACAGCAACAAUGCAUCGACACAAGUUAGAAAGGGAAGAACACUUGUACAAAGCGUUUCAGCAUUUUGAUACUGAUAAUAGCGGGUUUAUUACAAGAGAUGAAUUAGAAACAGCAAUGAAGGACUAUGGAAUGGGAGAUGAAGCCACCAUUAAAGACAUAAUAGCAGAAGUGGAUACCGACAAUGACGGGAAGAUAAAUUAUGAAGAAUUCAGCACGAUGAUGCGAAGUGGGACCCAACCCGGGAAGCUGUUCUAAUGUCUUUUAGCAGCAAAGCUUUAAGAAAGCUUAAAUGGUAACAAAACUAGAACAUCAGAUCACAUUCAGAGUGAAAUAAUCCACAAGAACAAAGUCUUGUGGUUACAGGCUAAAGCUUUACAUACUAAAAUCAUGAAGAAAGUUUGUACAAUAUUCAUUUAAACCUCAUUUGUAUCAUAUUGUCUUGUGUUUCGACUCGAUUCUAUAAGACUUCUAUCC